AAUGCGUCAACUUCUGCUUCUCGCCUUAUUUGUAUCCGCUGCCUCCGCUUUUCCAUUUAUUGGGUCCGUUCAAGCUGUUCGUGUAACUGGAAAGGUUACCUGUAAUGGACAACCAGCUGAGAAUAUUAAAGUGAAGCUCUACGAGAAAGAAAUUGUUCUUGACAAGCUCCUCGACGAGAAGUCAACUGACGGUAGAGGAUCUUUCACACUUGCCGGAAACAAGAAAGAGCUAACAGCCAUCGACCCACAUGUUAACAUCUACCACAAGUGUAACUAUAAUGGGGUUUGCUACAAGAAGCUGAAGAUCAAGAUUCCAAAGAGCUUCAUCAGCGAGGGAGAGACUGCCGAUAGAACAUUCGAUAUCGGAGAGCUCAAUUUGGCCGGAUCAUUCUCCGGAGAAUCCACCGAUUGCCUCAACUAGAUCCUUCUUAUAUUUUUUUUUGUUCGUUUUCUCUCACUGAAACUAAACAUCAAAUCAAUUUGUCGACACAUUUCUCAUUUUUCACAUUCUUUUUUCCCCCACAAUAAACACAGUUUUGUCUCUU